AUGUCUACACCCAACCCGCGAGGCCGCAGGUCGCUGCGCGAUUCGGGCGCCGCUACCCCGUCUGGAGACACAACAUUAACGGGGCUCCAACGCCUUCCGAGUCAUACGCGAUAUCCCCUCACACCCCGCCGUCUUGUUACCGCGACGACUCCGUCUGGGCAGCGUUCAGCUUCUCGAUACACGCCUCGUGCUCGCCAAUCCAUAGCGCCGUCUACGCCAUACGGCCUUCAUGCUCGUCAGCAAAGAGCCGCUAAUACGCCUGGUCGCGACCGGCGACGGAGUGGGAGAGUCCAGCGCGAAACGACGUUUGAUAUUUUGAGGAACCUUGGUAGAGCCUUGGCUCCGGUAACACAACCAAUUCAAUCUUCACCGCAAGAAGAGAUGAAGCCCCCACCGACGCCGAAAGAUGAGAUCGAGGAGCUGGAUGAGGAGUCGGAAACUGAACCGCCGGAGCUCACCCUACCUCUUCAGGAGGUGGAGGGUAGUGAUGAGGGAAGUUCUGCUAGAACUCCACCACGGCUGUCCCUUCCAUUCGACGAUGACGAUAUCACGUACCGUUCUGUUGAAUAUCCUCGAGAUGUCAGCAUUCGAGACCAAGAGCGAUUGUCGAUCAUGAGUCGCAAUUUCAGACCUAGUGAUGUUUUUGGAGAGACCCAGUUGGAAAGUGAUGACGAAGAUGGGGAUCAGACUGGCAUCGUGGGUGAAGAGGACGCUGCGGACGAUACUAUGGUCAGUGGAGGCGAUUUUGAUCGAGGCGGAGAAACGGCAGACCUGGGCCGAUUCCACAUCGACAUGAACUUCCCAUCUCCAAAUGCGAUGCCGGCCGACGACGACAUUGGAGAUACACUGGGUGAUACGGAUGGUUUUGAAUUGGACGCGGGAGAUAUCCAGCCAGCUCCCGUAUCGCCCUCAUUAGGAGGCAAUGACGACGCUGGCGGUGGCUUUGGCUUCGGCCUUCAUUUCCCACCCGCCGCAUCUCCGAGCGAAAGCCCGGGCAUUGUCGGAGGCGGCCUGCGUGACGAAGGACCACCUGCAAAAGGCAAGCAGAAGAAAAUCUCCCGACAUGGAAUUCCAAUUCCCAAUCUACCCACCGGAAUCGUCAAGAAGUUGGCCACCCGCUUUGCCCGCACGAAGCCUGGAUCGAAGACGAAAAUCAACAAGGCUGCUCUCGAAGCAAUUGAGCAAGCCUCAUCGUGGUUUUUUGAACAAGCCAGUCAGGAUCUGGCUGCAUAUUCGAAACAUGCGGGGCGGAAGACCAUUGAUGAAAGCGACGUCGCAACAUUAAUGAGGAGACAACGACUUGUUAACAAUUCGACGACGAUAUUCUCGUUGGCUCAAAAGCAUUUGCCUAAAGAGCUGCAGCAAGAUAUGCGUCUAGCUAUGCCACCGUGA